AUGGACUUUGAUAAUUGGAUGAUGCACGGACAGAUCAAGUUCCGUGCAGGCAUUCGGAAGGUUCCCACUCGAUUGCUCGCGGUGGCACGCCCCGAGCCGAGCCGGUCUCAAAUUCCCCCAGAGACGUACAGCCCGCUCCCUGAGGACCAUCAGAGGCUAAGACAACGCUUUCAGCGAAAAAAACAGCUGCUGAGGUGUUGGUUACGCGAGAGGGGUCUACCUAUCUUCGACGAAGAGGAUCGGAUCAGACGGGAAGAUGGCUUCAAUGCAAACUUUUCGGUAGUCGACGACCCCGCAGCUAGCCUGGAAUAUGAAGGGAUGUCGCCACCGGAGCAGCCCCAGCAGCCGAAGCAGCAGCCCCCAGAGGAGCAGCAACUGAAGUACGCAGGGGAGGGCGAUGUGGGAGGUGGAGCUACACAGCAGCAGAGAGACGAAAGGAGCGGUCAGGUCAGCGAAGGAGUGUCUGCGUUUUGGGGGAUCCCGGGAUUUUCAGCCUGGCUGCGGGACUUGCCGGACAUAGACGUGGACCUGAACAAGCUGGACUACAAUACGGACCCGAACGACGAGGUGACUUCGCCGCCGUCGCUGCUGCCCGUUGUCUCGGACAAAGGAACCUGCCCAUCCGUCGAGCUAGAUUUGCGCCGGCACUUUCUGGUGGCAGCAACGAGGUACCUGAUGCGCGUCGUGGGGAGCGCGAACGAGCAGUUGAAAGAUUGCGAAGCAGCGGACCAGCAGAUGAUGCAGGAGAUAAUCGGGUCAAACGUGCGGUUGGUGAUGGAAGUUCAAGGUUACAUUCUGCAGUAG